AAACCCAUCAAUCCCCCCCAACUUUCUUUUCUCCUCUGUAACCCUUCAUUGUUCAAAUUACGGACUCAACAAAAGAGACACCACCAUUAAACCCAAAAACCAUGUCGUCCACAGAAUCAAGUUUAGCCACAGCGAAGACAGUUGUCACCACCUUAGGUUCCAUUGCCGCAACGGCCAUGGUGGUCCGUACAUUUGCCAGAGACUACGCCCCUGAAGAACUCCAAGACUAUCUCUCUCUUGGACUAAGAAACCUUUUCAACAGAUUCUCAAACCAGUUAACAAUGGUGAUAGACGAGUUCGAUGGCCUUGUCAACAAUGAAAUUUAUGAAGCUGCCGAGACCUAUUUGGGCCCCAAGAUCACCCCCAACACUCGUCGCCUCAAAAUCAGCAAACCCGAAAAGGAGAAGAACAUUAACAUCACCAUGGAACGCAAUGAAGAGGUCACAGAUGUCUAUGAAGGAACUAAAUUCAAGUGGGUUUGGGUUUGCAAACAAAUGGAGACAAGAAAUCCAAGACACUUCUAUAAUCCUCGUGACUUAAAUUCAACUCUGAGACAUGAAAUCCGAUCGUUCGAGCUAAUGUUUCACAGAAAACACAAAGAUAUAGUGGUCAAUUUUUACCUGCCUUACAUUAUGGAAGAAGCAAAGAAGAAGCAACAAGAACAGAGGACUCUGAAGAUUUUCACGGCCGAUUAUGAGGACAUGUACGAUUUGUCCAAUAUAUGGACAUCGGUGAAUUUGGACCACCCAUCGACGUUUGAGACUUUGGCAAUGGAUUUAAAGCAGAAAGAGAUGGUGUUGAAGGAUCUUGAGAGGUUUGUGAAGAGAAAAGAGUAUUAUAGGAAGGUGGGCAAGGCUUGGAAGAGAGGGUACUUGUUGUAUGGGCCUCCUGGAACUGGGAAAUCGAGCUUUAUCGCAGCCAUGGCCAAUUUCUUGAAUUUUGAUGUGUAUGAUUUGGAAUUGACUGAGUUGAAGCGUAACUCGGAUUUGAGGAAGUUGCUGUUGGCGACGGCGAAUCGGUCGAUAUUGGUGGUGGAAGACAUUGACUGUACCAUUGAGUUCCAAGAUCGAGCGGCGAAGAAGAAGAAGAAGAAGAAAUCAGAAUCCGAGGAUGAGGAAGAAAGCAAGGUGACACUGUCCGGUUUCCUCAAUUUUAUUGAUGGUCUAUGGUCUAGUUGUGGCGAUGAACGGAUUAUAAUUUUCACAACAAAUCAUAAAGAGAAGCUCGACCCCGCGUUGCUACGCCCCGGUCGAAUGGAUGUGCACAUCCACAUGUCUUAUUGCUCCCCCUCUGGGUUCAAAGUUCUAGCUGACAAUUAUCUUGGUAUCAAAGACCAUGAGCUUUUCGGAGAGAUUGAGGAAUUGAUUCAAACGGCGGAGGUGACACCGGCAGAGGUAGCCGAGCAGCUAUUGAAAGACGACGAUUACGAGCAUGAUGCUGCACUCAGUGGCCUUAUAAAUUUCCUCCAUGUGAAGGAGAAGGAAAAUGAAGAAGCCAAGGCCAAGAAAGCAGAACAAGAAUCAAUCAAGGAGGAGAGUGAACAAGAAGAUGAGAGUGAUAAGGAAGAGAAAGAAGAGAAACAAACCAGGAUAAUUAAAGUGUGAGCUGGUAAAGUAAAUUGAGACGAUAGGAGUUUUGUUAAGUAAUAAUUUCUAUGAUGUCUACGAAAGAGGUGUCAAGCAGCUUGAGAUGGGCUUUCAUUGGUCAUGGUUACCUUUUGUAUUCAAUUCAUUGUAUUUGCUUUCUUC